AUGACUGAAAGUGAGGCAUCGACUCCAAUUACACCAACUACAAUAAAUGCUACAACUACGCCAACUACGCCAACCACGCCAAUUGCAAGCAUGCCAAGAAGUGAUCUGGUAACUAAUGCAACAACAACUAAUCAUAACAACAAUAAUCUAAAAAGCAUUAACAAGACGGCCAAUUGUUCUCGUUGUGCUAGGAUUAUACCUUUUCUAGCAAAUCUACAUAAAGAAUGCUCGGAACAGCGUGAAAAAUUGGAAGUUGCAGAUAAACAAAUCAUAGAAGGAACCGCGAAAGCUGAAGAACAAACUAGUUAUAUUAACAAAUUAAAUAAAACAAUUGAAGAAUUAGAAGAUCAAAUUGAUCUAAAAACUGACCGACACAAUGAUCUGGAAAGGAAAAUGGAAGCUUUAAAACAAGAUAUGGAAAUUUUAAAUGAGAAAUAUGUUGACGAGAUUGAUAAAGUGGCAGAAUUACAACAUUCAAAAGACAUUGUUGAGGGGGAAGUUGAAGAAUUGACCAAGGCUUUGUUUGAGAAAGCUAAUGAUAUGGUAGCUGUUAUAGGUAAAGACAAGCAUAAAUUAGAGGUGCAACAUAAAUUAUUAGAAAAACAAUUAGCAGAAACUCAAGAACGUUUAGCUGCAGAAAGUUCACAAUUAAAUGAAUUAAGGGAAAAACUAGAACAAACAAUGCAACACCAACAACAAUCACAACCUGAAAGUAAACGUUCAAGUUCAAGUGACCCAUCGUUCAGAGCAAGUAUUGAUUUUGCUGAAUUGUUUGGAUUACGUGAACGAGCACCAGAAGCUGCAGCAACCUUACCUAAUCCUACAGGUGAAGAUGGAAUAGGUAUCGAUAAUGAAUUAUUAUUGGAAUUCAAAGAGUUUGUCAGUCAGAGUAAUUCAAUAAGAUUACAGAAAAUACACACUAUAUUAUUUAUGAGACAUUGUUUGGAAGAUGAUGUUGAUCCUUGUAUGAGAUUUGGUAGUAAUUCCAGGGUUUCGUCGCGUAGAAUAGUCGAUGCAAUAGUUUCAAACACUUGUUUUAUUGAGGAGGCACCACAAGGUUCGGAGAAAGAACAAUAUCUAAUCACUAAUCCUUCUCCCAUACGUAAUUCAGCAUCAAAACAGUUGUUAUGGGAAAGACUCUCUGGUAAUAAUUCCAAGACUACAGGAUGUCAGUGUUGUGGUAGAUCAGGUCCUUUACAGUUUCAAUUUAGAAUAACAAAUUCUGAUGACUGGUCAUUGAUUGAUCGAUAUUGUCGUGAUAGAUUAGUGGCAGUUUGUGAAUUUUAUGUGUUUAUACGUAAUAUUAGACAAGGGUUAUAUAUUAAUAGAACAAUAGAGGAUCUUUAUUCUGAAUGUUUAAGGCUAAGACUUCAAAUGUUUUAUGCAAGACUAGGAGCUUUACCAUCUAUGCUCAACACUCUUGGAAUUAAAAGUAAUGAAUUGGCUUCUGCUAAAAGACCAAAUUAUUCAGAAUCUGUAAUCCCAAACACAACUACCACAGCUACCAAAAUGCCAAUGACUAGUAGUUCACUAACAACAGAAAUGUCGGAGUCAUCUAGUAUGAAUACAUUAACUACACCAGCACCAGCAACAACAAUAUCACAAGCGAGAAAAAUAUCAUCGUCGUCAUCCUUAAUAUCUGAUAAUAACAAUCAAUCUUCUCCGCUUUCACUUUCUAAUUGA